UGCUGACUGCCAGUAAAACCCUGCCUCUCACUGUCGCGACGUUCAUUCAUACGCAGCAAACUGAACCCUAUACGCACCCGGAGCGUUCAACAAGGGUGUGUCAAAAUAUAAGGCUAUUGGCAGUGACACAUCCUAGACAAUAUUUAUAAAAGCGAAAUUGAAGUAUUAAAGUUUUUUCCGUCUCCAAUGUUGGCACGCAUAGAGGCGAGAAGAUUUCUAUUGCGCAUUGGGGAGCCAUAGAACAUCCAUCAAAGUUGACGUUCUGUGGCGAGUAACUCACAAGUUAUUGAGGAACAACAGAAUUAAAAAGAAGAUAAAAAAAUUAACCCAACUGGACUUUCUUUUCGCUGCUCGCCUGCUCAUUUGAAUGCGCCCGGAGACUUCCUUGGAUGACGGUCCGGUUUUAUUUAGUAUCUGGUUGGUGGAUGCCUCUUUAGUCUUCGUGUCCAUAACACGGAUCAUGGAAUGAGGACUUCACACACCGAGAUUUAGCGGGAUGUGCUUAAUUUGUUAACGGAAGGUCUUUGACUCCACUCCAACGCAUAAACCCAGUUGUAAACGUGCCCACGCAGAUACCUUCAGAUGGUCGCCUGAUUUCCACUGUUCAUCUAACGACAACGGGUUUAAUUUUAGAGGCAAAUAUCAGAAGAAAUAUAGAGCUAUAUAUUCCACAGAGAGUCAGUUUAACUGGAUCCUACUGCGGUGUACAAAUGGUCUUCCUUUGGGACGCCAAAUACGACCCAGCCCCUGGUCGACGCUUCACCCCCCCUUCCACCACACUGUUGUCGGGUAAGAUGAGUGAGGGUCUGCCCCUGGGUGCCCAGGAGAGCAGUAGCACCGCCCUAGUGGGAAAGCUGCGUAUGGCAGACCGAGGCAUGGUGGAGGUGCUGUCAGAUCACCCUGGAGAACUGGUGAGGACAGACAGCCCCAACUUCCUCUGUUCUGUCCUACCCACACACUGGAGGUGCAACAAGACGCUGCCCAUCGCAUUCAAGGUGGUUGCCCUUGGCGAUAUCCCUGACGGUACCUUGGUAACGGUGAUGGCGGGGAACGAUGAGAACUACUCAGCAGAACUCCGCAAUGCCACGGCCGCCCUCAAGAACCAGGUUGCUCGCUUCAACGACCUGCGCUUCGUAGGCCGCAGUGGACGAGGGAAGAGUUUCACUCUGACCAUCACGGUGUUCACCAACCCUCCCCAGGUGGCCACCUACCAGAGAGCCAUCAAGAUCACCGUGGACGGGCCCAGAGAACCACGCCGCCACAGACAGAAGCUGGAGGACGUGAAGACGGGAGCGUUGGCCUUCUCCGAGCGUCUGAGCGAGCUGGAGCAGCUAAGGCGGAGCUCCAUAAGGGUCACGCCCCCUCACCAUCAUCACCACCACGCACCCACUCCCAACCCCCGGCCCGCCCUGAACCCGGCCCAGUUCAGCAACCCCACACACCACACACAGAUACCAGACUCUAGGCAGCUGCAGACAUCUCCGUCGUGGUCCUAUGAGCAGUCCUACCCCUACCUGGGUCACCACACCACACCCGUCCACUCAACCACGCCCAUCUCACCCAGCCGCUCCUCCCUCAGUGACCGCCUCUCAGGCCCUGACCUCACAGCCUUCAGCGACCCCCGUAUGUCCCUGGAUCGCCCAUUCUCCUCCCUGGCCUCGCUCCCUGACAGCCGCUACGCUGACCCGCGCAUGCACUACCCUGCUGGGGCCUUCACAUACACCCCUACCCCCGUAUCCAAUGGCGCCAUCGGACUCACCAUGGCAACCACCCCUGCCGGGCGCUACCACACCUACCUCCCCCCGCCCUACCCCACAAACACCCCCCAGGGCCAAGGUGGACCGUUCCAGGCCGGUUCCUCUCCCUAUCACCUGUAUUACAGCACGGCUGCUGGGUCCUACCAAUUCUCCAUGAUGGCGGGGGGAGGCGGGGAGCGGUCUCCUCCGAGGAUAUUCCCUCCCUGCACCAACGCAUCCACAGGCUCCUCCCUCCUGCACCCGUCUCUGCCCAAUCAGAGCGAAGGAGUGGGGGUGGAAGCGGAGGGAAGUCACAGUAGCUCCCCUACCAAUAUGGUACCCGAGGCCGUAUGGCGGCCAUAUUGAGCACGGCAGCGGGGUUAACAGAUGAUUGACGGACUUGCUGGCCAAUUGGAGUGGGGAAGGGGCUUUCACGGAGCGUUCCUGUUGGAUCAUUAGAAUGAUCAAGGAACGAAUUGAGGAAGGAACUGAAACAGGGUGCCGUUUUACACAGAGGAGCAUGCAGCAGUGCGGAACUGAAAAUAAUUCAGCUUUGUUUUAUAAAAGGAUUGUUUGCCAUGGUUAUGAUUGUUGUUGUUAUUAUCAAUUACACAUGCCCAAAAAUACAAUGGCUGAUUUUUGUGUGUGCCACAGGCACUCCCCUCCUAUCCCACCUCCCCUCAUCCCUCCGGCCCCCUCUCCUCCCUUAUCCCCCUCUCCCCUCGUUCAAAACGGAGAGAAUACUGUUCAUGUAAAUUAUGGCCAGCCAGGAUCUGUAUCUGUUCUGUCAUGUUUGUAUUGGAUUACGGCCGUGAUAUUGUCUGCACUGAUCUACAAUCAGCACUGUUAGUUGAUUCACAAUGGUUAAGGGUAGGAAUUUACAGGGAUUGCUGUACCCAGUUCAGUGCUUAUGGACAUUGUACUGUCACACAAAACUGUAACAGGUCGUUUGCUUUAUGAUUCCUUAAUUUAUUCUCUUACAAUACCUUUUUGGUUGCACGUUGACUGUACGGUGUGUGUGUGUGUGUGUGCGUGCGUGCAUGGGGGGGUUGAAUUAACAGAUAAGGCCUACAUUGCCACAUGAUUCACCUCAUAUUUGUAAAUAGUCUUUAAAUGUAAAUGACGACGUUGUCCAUGUUUGAUGACAUCGUUGGCUCCCACACAGGUAUGUCACAGCAACAUCAAAUACACCUUUUCUCAAUUUUGUUUUACUUUAUGAAUAUAAAUAUUGUUGUAAAGAAAAUAAAACCAGUCUUUUGUA